UCCAACCUACCGGCGCCGCCGCGGGGACCCAAGACGCGCCUCUGCGCCGCCUCCGCCGUUCCAACAUGGCCGCCCGCUGCGCGCCGGAACGUCUCUGAAGCCAACAGUGUUGGGCCCCUGUGUACAUGUGAGCUGUAGCUGGGCAAACAGAAGCCACUUCCAUGAAGGGGCAGAGCCCAGCACCCAGGUAUGUCCUGAAAAGAAGAUCCUUCUCUGAUGAUGUCCAGCCCAGAGGUCAGGGCAAAGUGGAGAACCAGGAAGGCCCUCUGACUCCAACUGCCAGCCCCUGAAAGGUCAUGGACAGGGAUCUGCCCACACUCUGGGCAGGCCAGAAGUCAGGUACCAGUGACCUAUACAAGUGAGCCCUCAGCUUGAAGACAGCUCAUACUCUGAAUGCUCAGAAGAUAGGCAGGGCCAGGGUCUGAGGUCGAAUCCUAAAUCCUGGCAGGCCCAGUGUCCACGUGUCCGUUUGGCUGUCCGUUUGCAUGUGACCGUGGGUCGGCGCGCCCUGCUCUGGCCGCGGCAUGUGCAGGGUUAAGGCAAGAGGAGGAGGUUUCCCUGAGUCGGGUGGGGAGGGGGGGCUGAGGGGCGGACCUGAUCCAGCCCCGCCCCGCGCCGGAGCCGAGCUGGGGGCCCGCCGGAUCCCAGCUUCAGCCCCAGCCAGAUUCGGCGUCAGCGGAGGCGGAACGGCAGACCCCGUGCCCUGGUGUCACUGGAGCCCUGGCCGGUGAAGGCAAGGUCUCUGGACUGGUCAGACAUCCCCUUGUGGCCCUGGCAGAAUCAACAUGAGGCUCUGUCAUGCCUCCCCAGUGAGGCCUGUAGCCUGAGCAGAUAGCAUGGCCUGCCACUGACAGUGAAAGCCAUGGCUACAGGAGGUGGUCGGGCCUUUGCUUGGCAGGUGUUCCCCCCAAUGCCCACUUGCCGGGUGUAUGGCACAGUGGCGCACCAGGAGGGGCACUUGUUGGUGUUGGGGGGCUGUGGCCAGGCUGGACUGCCCCUGGACACUGCUGAGACACUGGAUAUGGCCUCACACACAUGGCUGGCACUGGCGCCCCUGCCCACUGCCCGGGCUGGCGCAGCUGCUGUGGUUCUGGGCAAGCAGGUGCUAGUGGUGGGUGGUGUGGAUGAGGUCCAGAGUCCAGUAGCUGCUGUGGAGGCCUUCUUGGCUGAUGAAGGCCGCUGGGAGCGUCGGGCCACCCUCCCUCAAGCAGCCAUGGGGGUUGCAACUGUGGAAAGAGAUGGUAUGGUGUAUGCUCUGGGGGGAAUGGGCUCUGACACGGCCCCCCAGGCCCAGGUACGGGUGUAUGAGCCCCGCCGGGACUGCUGGCUUUCGCUACCCUCCAUGCCCACACCCUGCUAUGGGGCCUCCACCUUCCUGCACGGGAACAAGAUCUAUGUCUUGGGGGGCCGCCAAGGCAAACUCCCAGUGACUGCUUUUGAAGCCUUUGAUCUGGAGGCCUGUACCUGGACCCGGCACCCAAGCCUGCCCAGCCGCCGGGCCUUCGCUGGCUGUGCCAUGGCCGAAGGCAGUGUCUUUAGCCUGGGUGGCCUGCAGCAGCCUGGGCCCCACAAUUUCUACUCCCGCCCACACUUUGUCAACACUGUGGAGAUGUUUGACCUGGAACAUGGGUCAUGGACCAAGCUGCCUCGAAGCCUGCGCAUGAGAGAUAAGAGGGCUGACUUUGUGGUUGGCUCCCUUGGGGGCCACGUUGUGGCCAUUGGGGGGCUUGGAAACCAGCCAUGCCCUCUGGGCUCUGUGGAGAGCUUCAGCCUUGCACGAAGGCGCUGGGAGGCACUGCCUGCCAUGCCCACAGCCCGCUGCUCCUGCUCUAGCCUACAGGCUGGGCCCCGGCUGUUUGUUAUUGGGGGUGUGGCCCAGGGUCCCAGUCAAGCUGUGGAGGCACUGUGUCUGGGUGAUGGAGUAUGAAGGCCUGAUAAGAUCUGUCGACCAGAGCAGCUCAGUGCCAGAGGCAGAGGUCUAUGGCUCCUUUUGCUGCUGAGGACACUCACUGUGGCUCUGUGGGAUGAGAGAGGCACAUGGGCAGGCACUUGAAACACCACCUUGGGGACUUGGGUUAGGGGAGCCUUUGUCUUUAGUGCAGGACACACAUAUGCUUACCAUGUGUACCUACCUUUAUCACCAUGCAUUCAUGGACCAUGCAUAGCUCCACCCUUGCCCUGGAUCCUACUAGGCCCUCUGUCCAGCUGGGAAGUGGAAAGAGGGAAGAGCUGGCCUCAUGCCCUACAGGGUCAGUGCCUAUCUGUAGUUGACCAGGCCUACCUUAGUGGCCAUUCCUGAAAAAUGCCAGCUGCCAACCUGCCUUGAGGGUCCCUGUUAGACCCAGGAGAAUUCAGAGAGGGUAGGGGACACAGAGGGAAUGGAGAGAAUUUAGGAACUGCCAGAGGGCCAGAGGAAUGCUGGUUUGGGGCCCUCUACACUGUUGGUUGUAUGACUUUGGGCAAGUCAUUUCACCUCUCUGUGCCUCAGCAUCCUCAUCUGUAAAUGGGGAUCUCUGAAACCUUACUGCCCUUCCUACCUCACAGGGCUGUUGUGAGGACCCAGGGACUUUGGAUGUGCAAGUAAAAGUGCUGCUAAAAUCUGG